AUGGAUGAUGACAUUGGGCACAGGGCCAAUAAGAGGCUGCAAGAAGCAAUGAGCAAAGAUGGCGUCUGUUUGGCCUUCCACAUUAUACUCAGAGAUGUGUCUGAAAUUGAUCUGGAAUAUCUCACAGAAAUUAGAGGAAUAAUCUACAGAAGCUCGGCUAAGGUGGUCAUUCUUUUUCUCAGUUCAGAAAGUGCUGACUAUAUUUCUGUUUCAUUUGAGGAUUUCAAAAUUCCUCAUAAAAUAUGGAUUGCAACCUCAUCUGUCUCCCGUAUAGUUGAGCUGAAAUAUUUACCGACAUUAGCAGCUCUCAACGAUGCCCAGAGUUGUAUGAAAUGCUCUAUAUAUGAAAAGUCAAAUACUGGAAGAACCAGCUGCAUCCCGAGGGAUAUAAAUUGCCUUUCCUAUGGAGACCAACUGGGCGCUACUUUAUCCUCCAUCUCUGUAAUAUUAUCCCUCACUUGUGCUGUAAUCCUGGGAAUCUUUAUAAAGUACCGCGAGACUCCUAUAGUGAGAGCCAACAACCGAUAUCUCAGCUGUCUCCUCCUCAUCUCUCUCAUGUUGUGUUUCCUCUGCACUUUAUUAUUCAUUGGGCGCCCAACUCAGAUAUGUUGUCUCCUCCGACAAGUAACAUUUGGGAUUGUAUUUACUAUUUCUGUUUCUUCUGUGUUGGCUAAAACUCUCACAGUUAUUAUUGCCUUCAAUGCCACAAAGCCUGGGAGCAAGCUGAAGAAAUAUGUAGGAACCCAACUGGCCAUCAUAUUAGUCAUUGUAUGUUCUUUGGGUGAGAUUGUCAUCUCUGCUGUAUGGUUGGCCUCCAAUCCCCCAUUUCCAGAGGCUGAUACUCUCUCUGACCCAGACUAUAUUAUUCUCCUGUGUAAUGAGGGAUCCGGCUAUUUCUUCUUCUGUAUAAUUGGAUAUAUAGGAACAUUGGCCCUACUAAGUUUCAUUGCUGCAUUUCUAGCCAAGGAUUUCCCUGACCGAUUUAAUGAGGCUAAAAACAUCACUUUCAGUAUGUUGGGGUUCUGUAGCGUGUGGGGGGCAUUUGUCCCUGCAUACCUGAGCAGUAAGGGCAGUAGAAUGGUGGCAGUUGAGAUAUUUGCCAUCUUAUCCUCCAGUGCUGGGUUAUUGGGCUGUAUAUUCAUUCCCAAGUGCUAUAUCAUAUUUCUCAGGCCUGAACUGAACACAAAAGACCCCAUUAUAAAAAAUGUUAGAAAUAUUUAA